AUGGCCUCCAACGGCGAGAGUUUUGAUAAGCGAAGUCGCCAAGAUAAAACUAAAAAAGAUCACUCAUUCGUUACUACUCCUCAGGAUUCUUCAUUAGAGACAGAAUCAAAAGAACGUUUUAUUCCCGAAAUCAUGGAUCAAAAGAUUGAUCCACGCGCAAUCGAAACAUUGAAAGCACAACAAGCGGUAAUGGAGCAAGUCAAACAAUUGCAAGCGCGCGGUAUAAAAAUUCAGCCUGGUACUCGUCCACGACCGCCGUUUUCACACGAUACAUCUGUUGAUAAGAGCCCAUAUGUUCACACGUCAAGCUCCAUCAUACUGGAAAGUACAUCUACGCAAAUCACGGAAGAAAACGAAGAGGACCGAGAGCGAUUUCCAGUGGAGAGCAGCCACCAUCCAGAGACAAUUUCUAGAUCCGACGCAUCCAUGACGCAUCUAUCUCGAGACGCUUUUCAGAAAACACCAAUUGUUGGUGAGCCUCUCGUCGACUACAUGCGUCGAAAAAAAGAAGAGGCUCUAGCAUACGAACGUCGAAGUGCUCCCCGUGGUUACAUGUGGGAUGAUACAGCAAGCGACGACGGUGAUGGUGGGCAUUCGCGACCAAAUAUUUUACGAAAACAAAGAUCUAAAUCUGUUGGCUACAUAACAGAGAUAAAAGAUGCCCACCCUCAUUCACUAAUUGACGCUAACGACGAACCACACGAAGCCACACCAGGCAGCACACGACAUGGGCAAAGAAACAUCGUUAGCUACAACAUGCCAGCAGAAUAUCCCACAUAUGUUAAGACACGGAGAGGACGAUGGCGAAGAAUCGCGAGAUUCUUUGUACCGUCCUCGGAAGUAACUACCGAACAGUGGGCUUCGACACCAUCGCAACCACAACCCGAACCACAAACACGACCGGAAUCACAUAAGCCAAAUAUCAUUCGUCGACUAGGACGCUUACUUCUGGGACAGGUUACACAAAAUGAAUUCGGGUUCUAUUAG